UACUACCAAAUGUGACGAGGAUAUAGAAGAUAAGGUGUCCCAUCUUCCCCCACCUUACAAAUAUAUAUGUCUUCGAAAAUAAUAUAGCCAAGAUUAGAUUAUUGGAAAUACAAAAAAAAUCAACAAAAAAACGACAUAACUUUCGACUGAUUUGCGCAUUAAUUGUAUUUUAUUUACUAGCGCCUAUGUUUUAAUAUCCGCGACCGCGACACUAUAGACUAAAGGAGUAUUAAAUAUGACAAUAACACGUUAUUUGCGUGUAACAGCUACGCUUUUUAACUGCUGACACUUUUCCAUACUUUUGGCCCAUAGCGUGUUUUAACAACUAUUGUUCUGCUGUUGAUUUCCUCCUCUUCGUUCUUUAAAUAUUAUAAUAUUCGUUAUCGUUUUCGUAGAAAUAAAUAAAAAUUAUAUUAAUAGGACAACCAAAGGAAUCAACGACAAAACGACAGUUGUUAAAACACGUUAUGGACCAAAAUCACGGGAAAGAAUGUCAGUUAAAAAGGGUGGCUGCUGUUGCUCCCAAAUAACGUGAUGUCAUAUUUAUUACUCUAUGUAUAGCGUCGCGGAUUUUAAAACAUAGACCUUAGUAAUUAUAAAACAAUUAUGGCGCAAAACGGUCAAAAAACUUAUAUGUUUUGUUGUUUUUUUAGGACCCAAUGGCGCUAAGUAUUAUUAUUACCAUCACAUUAUCUCUUCUUUUAUGUAGGUGGCAGUUACUGCAGUGGCCGACCCCAGCCGAAUGGUUGGCGAAACGACCGCUAGCAAGGCGAGAGCGGGUGUAGGUACGAACCAGGAUGUCAACUUACAAGCACCGCUAUUCAACACGUUCGGUUACAGUGAUCGGCAGAUGGGCCGCGAUGUGCGCAUGCGCGUGGAGGCAGCCAUGCGCGAAGCUGGGAUCCACAAGAGCGAAUAUGCUCGGAAAGUAAUGGCAACAUUAGCACCGCCCACGCAGCCAAGAAGGGACAACGAUUCCAGUGCAUUCGCAUCGGCGUUUGGUAACGUUAACCAGACGUAGGCCUCAAUGUGCCAAGUAGGGGCAAUAAAUGAUCGCAAAAUUUCACAGUAUUUUCACAUUUUUCCUAUUUUGAUGAUUUCCAGUCAAUUAAAGCAGUUUUUCAAUGUUACAACCGGGCAUACAGGCAAUAAUAUGCCUUGGCGCUAUAAAUGAACACACAAUUUCGAAGUAUAUUUUCCAUUUUUGUGUAUAUGUUUGUUUCAUCUUUUUGUUUAAAACAUUUUAUACAACUUUUAAAAGGAUAAUAAUACAAAUAGUUUGACUACAAUAACAGUCAACAAUGAAAGCCUAUGGCCACACACUUUUGGGUCGCGAGAAUCUUAAUAAUAACUGUUUUAACGUCACCACUGUUGCAGUUUAUAUUUCCUAACUUCGAUUUUUUUCGAUAAUUUUCAAAUAAAUGACGUACGUGGCUAAUAAGUCGUGCGCGCUGGACGUCUACCACAGCACGAGGUGUAUUCACGGUGCUGUAACACAUAUGGCUAGGUCAGUAUAGAGUAUAGACUAAUCAACACGAUUUUUACGACUGAGUAAAUGGGUUUAACUAAUUUAUCCUCACGUGGUAGGUCAUCGACGGCCGUUAUAACACGGAUGCUCUGUUUUAUACACCUCUUAGGAGUUACCACGUACGUAACUUUAUUAGUGAUAAUUUAUUCACAUUUAUCUAAGUAACGUUAAACUGACGCGACACUUGCCAAUAAGUGUGGUUAAAAUUUAAUUUUCUCCUAAUCAUUACGGAUACCACUCACUCAAGUUGUCUGGUUGUCACGUUCGCCUUAAAUGGAGAUUCUGGUUUCACUAUGACGCUUUUCUCCCACGAAAUCACAAUAUUCUGAGAUCUCGUUUCGAAUGCGAUUUGUGGCAAAGAUGAUUGGCCGCAAUCGUAAUACCGUAGCCUGCGCGUCAUUUUGCGUCGUGGUCUAACUACAGCGUACGCUGUGACGUCAACGUCGUCCCCAAGGCAACUACACGUCUGGUAUUUCGCUCCGACCGAUUUGCCCGAGAGUGGAUACAGAGAGAAGGCUCCAGCACAUUCUAACCUUGGCUGAGCCAUAACGCUGCGCGUGCGAGACAGUCAGCACUCGAGAAGUUGUUUGCGCAGGCAGUAGGCGACAUGUAAGUGGCAAUUUUGAUAUCAAUCCAGUUUUACUGUGGUUUUAAUAUUUUUACCCGACUGCAAAUUGCUUCAGGUUUACAGCAAUGGUUUGCACACGUAGUUAUGUACAGGCAGACAGCAUGACUUCGCUUAGAAUGCAGUGCAGACACGACUGUGGACGGUGAUAUGAAUUCAUGAAGCAAAACCGUUGUGAUCUGUUUUGACGGGCAACAGCUGUGUCGGUCUUAUGUUGUAUGAUGCAUCAGCUAUAUUGCCAUGGAGUUUUAAUGUGUUUGUAAUUGUUGUAUUCAACUUGGCAGGUCAAUUUUAGGAACCACUGUAGCGUACAUACAGCAGCGUCAUAUUAUCACUGCAGCUUCUAGGUAUUCAUUUCGCAGAAAUGAAUUUUGAAUAAAUCUGAAAACGUCAAUCAUUAUACGAACAUGGAUAGCCAAGAGUUUUGUGACCAAGCAACUUAUCCUUACGAUACUGCUGAAAUAAUCGUCCCAACAAAGGCAGCUAUACAAGCGGCACCAGUGGGAAACGGUACAGACUUUCAUAAAAACGGAUGUGUGGCUUCGGAAAUAGAGGGAGACGAAAAAGACUUGGACGAAAAAUACCAAGUCCCAAAUUCCUUCGUCCGAGUUCGAUAUGAAGAUCUGCAAUUCCACGAAUGUUGUGGUGAAGGGACAUUUGGCAGCGUCUAUCGAGCUAUAUGGGUUACGCAGGGCAAACAGGAGGUGGCUGUUAAAAAGCUAAACCAAAUGGAGAAAGAGGCCCAUGUGCUGAGCGUCCUGAGUCACCGGAACGUCAUCCAGUUCUACGGAGCUUGUGUUGACGCGCCUAAUUUCUGUAUUGUCACCGAAUACGCCCCUUAUGGAAGUCUCUUCGAUUUCCUCGCUACCAAGGAGAGCGAGAAAUUAGAGUUUUCUCAGCUCUUGUCUUGGUCGAGGGACAUAGGACUUGGUAUGAACUAUCUACACGAAGAAGCACCGGUGGCAGUUAUACACAGGGACCUUAAAUCAAAAAACGUUGUGAUUUGCAGCGACUUCACGCUCAAGAUCUGCGAUUUCGGUGCAAGUCGCUUCUUCGGCGAGACGAUUGUGAUGACGAUAACGGGAACUUAUCCUUGGAUGGCACCCGAGCUUAUACAAGGCUUGCCCACCUCAGAGCUGUGUGAUGUGUAUUCCUUCGGCGUGGUCCUAUGGGAGAUGCUAACACGCGAGGUGCCGUUCAAGGGUCUGCAAGGUUUCCAAGUGGCCUGGGUGGUUGUAGAGAACGGGGAGCGUCCAACGAUUCCAGAAUGCUGCCCUGGCAGGUUCUCUAGCCUCAUGCGCAGGUGCUGGAGCUCGACAGUGAGCGAGCGUCCAUCUUUCUACGAUAUUAUCGGCGAGCUAAACUCAAUGAUGAGUGACGAUGACUUGGGGGCCACUACCAAUCAUUUCCUCGGAAGCAAGGAAGAGUGGAAGAGUGACAUCGAAGAGAAGAGGAAGGAGCUUCAAGAGAAAGAGAAAGAACUCGGAGUAAAGGAGAAAGAAAUGAGAGAGCGAGAGGAAAAACUAAAUGAGUGGGAGCAGAAAUUGCGCCAAGAAAUGCGGAAACAGACCCUUAUUGGUGUCGCUCGCUACAACAAGAAAUCUGAAAACCUCAACUGCAAAAUAUCGGGCACUGGAGAAGGCGCAAUAGACUCAGUAAAAGAUGUACUCAGUCAUAUCAUGUCUAACAGUGGUAUGCACUCCGAUAACCAGACAUCUAGAUUUGGUUCCGACUUCCACUGCUCCUCACCCGGAUUCGAGUCCUCCGAACGAGACAUCCUACAGUGGCCUCUCAGUCGUCAGGGAUCUGCAUCCAGUGCCGCAAGCUCCAACUCUUCUUUCGGAAAAUCGGGAUCAAAGUUUACUCCUCUGACGAGGUCAUCACCGAUUGGGUUCUCCCGGAAGUCCUCCGCCUCUCCUCCAUCCGGGAAGACGCAGAGGAAGUUCCCGCAUAUUGAAUCAGACAUAAACUUCGAUAAGUCGGAGACAAAUAAGUCGAUGGAUGUUUACCAUAGACCUGGAGGUUCUUUUGGGGAAUAUGACGAGUUUCACGGGGAUGAGCAGUCAGAGAAUGAUUUGCCCAAGUUCUCAAGUUGGAAUGGGAAGUCUUCCAACUUUGACGGACCACAAGUUCAGAAGCAAGUUUCGUCGUCUUCGGAAGAAUAUAAUUUUGAAGGGUCGAAGGUAUCGCGUUCGACGACCAGCGGGGAAGGGUUGGCGGGCGGCGGAGUGCGCAUGCGCGAACCGGAGGUGCAGACUUGGGAAACAGCGAAAGGUGACGCGAAAGUGAAUAAGUCUAACGAGAAGUUUGGUUUUGAGGGGAAUUCAGAUACAGGAUUUUCAAAGCACGCCACUUCUCCAACAACACGCAAAGUCAGUUUCCCAGACGCUUCACCCGAAGACAGAAGAAACGGCUGGCCAGACAUGAACGGUUCCAGCGGUAUCGACAAGCUAAAACAUAACGGACAAACCCUUAGCGACGCCACUUCAAAAGACGCAGAAUUCCGCAGCAAACUCCCCGGGUCAUUGAAAUACCAGGUUCUAAAGCGACGGCCAUGGGAAUCCCAGGACGAAUAUUCAAGCAACAGCACCGAUAUCAGCUCUCCAGUUUCGGAGAUCACCAGCAGCCACUCUGAGUCCAAGGACAUCUCAUCGUCUCGUCGCGCAGAACGCAAGACCAGUCAAUCGUUUACCGAAAUGCCGGUAAUAACAAGUAAGACCAUCAUAUCGCCGACUAUGGGCGAUAAAAUAUCUUCGUUCGGAAAAACUCAAGUAAGCAGCAACAACAGCGAAGUAAGCAGCAACAACAGCGAACAGACGUCAACGGUAAACCGGCAGCGUCGGUCCAGCAAGUCGCAUAGAAGUUCUAUCAGCAGUGGAGGUGUAUCGCCUGUAGUUGAAGGUUUGAAUGGUGUUGGUGAAAGCAUGUCGGACAUCAGCGAAUCGUGCGAGUCUUCCGAAAAAACUUCGGUAAAGAAAUCUGAGAGCAGAAGGAGCAGUCGCUCGCAUGAUUCCUCUGUAAGCAUGCAGCAGCUGCGAGGCCUAAAGGGGGAAAACUGGGAAGGGACAGACUGGGUUCCAAGCACAGAAGAUCCAUCCAGGCCACAGAUAAAACCAAGCGUUUCUUCGAGGAGAAGAAUAUCCACCGGUUACAUACCGGACCGACCAAUCCCGAAAUUUCCGUUCGAGAAAGUGGCAGCCAAGCAGAAACGCGAGGAAGGAUGUCAGACUGACAAGGUUGAAUUCGCGCAAAGGAAGGCAACGAGGGAAGCUGAAACUGAAACCACUGUAAACAAAAGGGAUGCGUGCUCGCAAACAGAGCCGGAGACAGUUGAGGAACCGAUCGUCGCGCUCCCUUUACUAAGUUCAAGUUCGUGUCAAACCGAACCCAGGCCGCUGAUUUCAAACUCUUGCCAAACUAACCCGUCGCCGGCAAACAUUUCAAAUUCAAGCCAGACUAAUCCUCUCCCGUCACAGAGAUACAACUGUUGCCAAACCGACGCCCCGCCAGCGACAUAUGUCUCUUGCAACCAAACGGAAGACUUUCUGUGUGCGGUUUGCGGCCACUUCUUCACCGAUUCCCAAGGCCUAACAGCGAGGUCUACUCCAACCCGUUCAUUCACAAACAGAACUCCCAGUCCUGGAUUGAAAAGGCGAGACUACAGAGCUAGUCCUGACGCGGCUGUACCCCCAAUACCGCCCUCAAGAAAGCAGGAUCGGUUGCUUAAAAUCUCCAGAUCAGAGGAAGACAUCUUAAACAGCCUGGAACGGGCGCGGACAGAAGACGAUACCAAACUACUUGAAAGGCCUCGCCGACAACGAGCAAUUUUAGAUCACUAUUACAACUUAUACUGCGGUGAUGACAAACCGAAAUCUGGCAAAGAUGAUGCAGAAAUAAACCAGCAAGACACAAAGGUAGCGUCGUCGGAGGAGCCUAACUAUUAUAAAGGAGGAUUCCUACGUAAACCAAGGUCAAUUCUACCCAGUUACUACCGUAGAUACUUUAGCGAUACUGGCCUCGAAGCCCACAGCAAAUACGAGGACAGUAGUGAUGGUAUAACUAUACCCACUACCGUUACACAGCCACCCAAGCGCUCGCAAGCCAGGGAAGAGAGGAUAGAGAUAGUAGAGCGCGCGUGGCUGGGACGCUCUACGUCCCUUCCCGGAGGAAAGUUCUGGAAGGAAGAUUGGGAUACUGGAAGCGAAAAUGAAGAGCUGGGAUCAAAAUCACAGAGGCAUGCUUUUGGACCGAGUGAUAGAGCAACCCCGAACCAACAGGAUUUUAGUCAGCUUCGAAGAAGCACCAGCGCGAGUCCUUCGAACUCUUACUUUGCCCCUCCUCCCUCCACGGAUUCCGGAUGCUACGAGGAGAUCCAGGGAUCGGGAUCAGAGUCUCCCGCGUUCAGUGAUACUCACCACUUCACCGGAUCCCCGCUUGUAGGGAGGAUAUCGGAAGACGAAGACGGAAGAUCGGAUGCGAGGAUCGCACCUUGUGUUCCUUAUCCAGAUGAUCAUUCAUCAUCCGCCUCUUUAUUAGGAGCAAAAUCGACACAACUUCCGAAUAAUAAAACCACCAAGGACGCGCAUCGACGCCCAGCAUUGAUGACGUCACGAUCUAUGGUUGCUGAAGUUAAACGGCCUUCUACGUCACCAACUAAAAUGGAGAAUCAACGAAAAGUUAAACCAAGCGGUAUUGGUCGAAUAUCUCCCGAUAAAAGGUACAUAGGAAGGACGUCGCCUGAUAAGAAUGUGACUACAGGUCGUAUUUCGCCGGAAAAGAAGACCAUCAAUACUGGUAGAGUUUCGCCAGAUAAAAAAUGUUCGUAUUUGAGGCAAAGUUCGCCAGAUAAAAAGGCUCAAAAACAAACUUCUGGGCUGAAUAAAAGGUUUGUGGCGGGAGCGCAAGUUACUUUGGAUAAAGGAGUCUCGAGGAAAGAGAGAGAAUCUAACCUGUUGCCUCAAAACGGACAAACAAGACCAAUGUCUCCAUUAAAGACACCGUCAAGACCGCCCCGUGUUAUUGACAAAAGAAGUCCCGGCAAAGUUACGACCAGGCAAACUUCCGAAAAUGGUACAGCUUCAAAAACAGCAAAACAGGCUGCGGAUUCGAACUUGAGACGCAAAGGCGAAGACGUUCACCCGCGAUCAAAUACACCGACGCGGAAAUUUUAUUCCGGCGUGCAGAUUUCCGGUAUCCAAAAGCCGAAGAAGUAUUCCGGUAGCCAGCAGUCCUCAGGGAGAAGUAACGUACCAGACCGCGGCGCGACGAAAAGCCCGGACAAGCAACUGAAACAUCCGUCAGCAAAAACUCAAAGACUCACCCCCGAGAAUUCGAACCCAUCGAUGCCAAAAACGCUGGGUAGCGAUAUAUACGAGACUGAGGACUACACGUAUAUCAUAAGGCCGCGCGGUAAAAGGACGCGGUAACAACUGUGUAUUUAGCUUCUGGCACUAGAACGUUGGAACGCUUUCCUUUCUUUACCUUUACUUUUCCUCCGUUUUCAGCUUGCAUACCUGUAUACCGCAGUGCACAGUUUUCUUUGCGCAAUAAAUUGACUCAUUUUCUUGUA